AUGAGUGCAUAUGCGGCUUUGAAAGCCAACUCCGUUGAUGGUGAUAGCUCUACGUCUACACCCGUCAAUGUUGAUGAAAUUGCUUUGCAAUAUGUGAGGAAUUCAGAUGAUGAGUGCAGUGAUGAUGAAUAUAAGUUCGCCACACCAGACAUUACCAAUCUCGUAGCGAGUGUCAAUGAUAGUAAAUGCCCAUCCCCAAGUUUGCCAAGGCAGAGAAUUACUCAGUCAAACUUUUUACCAAGCGAACUGUGUUUACAAAUUGAAGAUGAUUGUGUUAUAGUGACACUCGAACGUGGAGAUUUUAUCAUGAUCAAAGGGAUGUUCAAGCUCCGAAUAUUACAGGGAAACAUACGCGUCAACAACUGUUACGAAUUGAACUCUGAUACCGAUUGUACAUACACAUUCUUCUCAACUGAUUUUCACUCUUUGCCGGUUAUUGCCAAUGCGUCCACGGAAAAUCUGGAAAUGAGCGUUGUUUCUAAAAUCAAGUUGAUCAACUACCAUACGGGAUUCAGUAACAGUACCAGAAAGCUUUUGCCGUUUCGAUUAAUUGCAAGUAGUGAUGAUCAAAAUGAAAUGCUCAAGCAUUUUACUUUUCAGGUUGUCAUUCAAAGUGAUAAUAAUAUCGGCAUGUUUGUGGAUGAAUCAUGGGUUAAUUAUUUUGGAUCUAGUGCUGCAAUAUCACCGUAUAACUUGAUUGUUAUGGGGAACAAAAAUGCUGGCAAAUCCACCUUCUGUAAAUCUUUGCUGGACUAUUUGCGUUUCCAAAAAAAACAAUCCGUGGUGAUUAUGGACCUAGAUCCGGGACAGUCUGACAACUCAUCGCCGUAUUGUAUGUCGUUGAGUAUACAAUUACCUGAUGGAGCUUGUACAACAUCGGGGCAUGUGUUUGACAAGAGUGAAGAAUAUUAUGGUUUCGACAGUCCAUUGGAUGCACCACUGAGGUAUCUUGAAGUAACCAGAAAGCUUUACAAAAUAUAUUGCUCCAGGUAUAAGCAAAAGGGCUACAGACUAAUUGUAAAUACCCCUGGCUGGAUUAAGGGAUUUGGUAAGACAUUAUUACAGAAGGUCACAAUCAUUGUCAAUCCUUCGGACUUGAUUCUCUUAACGAGCAAUUUGUCGCUCGAGUUUGAGGAAAAUCAAGCAGUGUUGCAAGGAAUGAGCUAUGUUAAGGCUACCUUAUUACCAGGUGUCUUUCAUUUGCCACCUACCGCACCUAGUCAAUUUAGAAACAACAACAAACUUUUAUACUUUCACCACAGAAUUAGUAAUGAUUUUGAGUUCAGUCAUUCCAUUUUGAAUCAGUCUCCGGAAAGACUUAGCUACCAGGUGGGGGGUUCAGGACAAGGGAUAUAUGGCGUGUCGAUUCUUAACUACGCGGUGGAUGCCAGUUUUGAUUUCAACAAUAUUCCCACAUUGCUAUCGUGCACGAUUUGGGGAGUGUAUAGCACAAGUUCCCCCUGUGGCGAGGUCUUGAUCAGGGAUGGCAAUAACAACAUAUAUCCCAACUUGAUACGUUCGAAAGAUCUUGACCUCGUGCUCGGGACUGGUAGUCAAUUUUUGGGACUUCUCAUCAUCCAUAGCAUUAAUAUUCGCGAUCACUACUUGAAUGUUUACGCACCCCCAAGCGUGCUGAAAAAGGUUAAAGAUACCCUCAUUGCCAACUCCAAAAUCGUUCUUGUGCGAGGUGAAGGAAGCAUUCCAUCGAUUGAACUAAUGGCUGAAAAGUUUCUUCAUGCGGGUGUGGUAACGCAAUCGCAAGACCCUCACCUGAACUUGUCAAAGACGUGCAUACCGUACGUAAGUACAAGAGGAAAAGCCAAAGUUGGUGGUGUUUGGAAAGUGCGGAGAAACAUUCUUCGAAGGAGCCAACGAAGGUGA